CGAACUCUAUACAAUCUUGUGAGAUUUCCAUUACUAUAAAGGGGUUUGAGUUUGAAUAGAGUACGUAAGUAAUUUCUGUAUCUACAUAGGUAUUGCAAUAAGUAGGGGUUCAAAGACGAGAUAUUGUGAGGUGUAUGCUUAAGUGAGUGAUCAGUGCUAUAAUAGAUAUUUAGAGUAAUUUCCUCUUAUAGUUAGCGGUUGUUUAGUUCACAUACUAGUUAUAUGGGAUUAUAAUGCAGAGUUAUUUAGGAAGGAAAUAAUAAUGAAGGGAUGAUUAUGCAGUGAUUGAUAAUGAGGAGAUUGUUAUACAUUAAAAACUAACAUUAAAUACCUUAAUAGUUCAAUUCCGUAUUGUUAAUACACGUAUCUUAUUCCACAUUUUAUAUCUAAUAAAAUAAUACAUACAUUCCUACAUAACUUAAUGCCUGUAUUAUUUUAUACAACGUCAAAUGCUAUAUUGUGAUGAUUUAUGUAACCAACCAAACUAUAUUAUCUUAUGCACUGUGCUGGAUUUUAGGCUGAGAUUAAUUAUUCAAAACCAUCAACCAGACAACCGCCAAGUGUACUUUUAGUUGAAUGGCAAAAUGAGAAUUUCCUAACGUAUACCGCAAACAAAAUCGUUGCCACAAAAAAUUCUAUAGUAUUACCUAUGCAUGUAAAAUACAAUAAAUGGAAGCAUGGUAUGUAGUCAAUGUUUACACACUUGUGUGGUGAAAAUUUUAAAGAGGACUCUCCAUUACAAUAAAGAGAAAGGAAAAAAGCAAAACUCAAAGAAAAGUCAAUUUCCUUCACGGGCAACAACAAUGGCACCCUUCCAGUUCAAAAGUUCCCACAUGAUCACGUAUGUACUCUCUAGAAAAUUGAAAGAAAGAAAGAAAAGAGAAUCACCACAACUCUUUACAAUUUAGUUGUAUUAUUCACCACCCAAAAAGGAAAAGAAAGGAAAUGCAAAGGAUCUUUUUCUUCUUCUUCAACUUGGAAAAAAACACUUCCCUUUCAUUUUAGUGUUGUAGUACAAGAUUCUUUAAACCCUUUUUUGGUCUGAAUUUUGGGUGAUUUUCUCGAGCUAUGUCUAUCGAUUCGAGUUCAGCUGAUCAUGGUAACAUAAGAGGAGUUCCAACUCAUGGUGGUCGAUAUGUGCAGUAUAAUGUGCAUGGUUCUCUCUUUGAAGUUUCAAGAAAAUAUGUUCCUCCUAUUAGACCUAUUGGUCGUGGAGCUAAUGGAAUGGUUUGUGCUGCUAUGAACUCGGAGACACGUGAGGAAGUAGCUAUUAAGAAGAUUGGGAAUGCAUUUGAUAAUGUUAUAGAUGCCAAAAGGACAUUAAGAGAGAUAAAGCUUCUCAGUCACAUGGAUCAUGAGAAUGUAAUUGCAAUUAAAGAUGUUAUAAGGCCUCCUCAAAAGAAGAAUUUCAAUGAUGUGUACAUUGUUUAUGAACUGAUGGACACUGAUCUUCAUCAGAUUAUUCAUUCCAACCAACAGCUCACUGAUGAACACUGUCGACAUUUUCUGUACCAAGUAUUGCGAGGACUUAAGUACAUUCACUCUGCCAAUAUCUUGCAUCGCGAUUUAAAGCCGAGCAAUUUGCUUGUGAAUGCAAAAUGUGACCUAAAGAUUGGAGAUUUUGGGCUAGCAAGGACGACAACUGAGACAGAUUUCAUGAUGGAGUAUUGUGUAACACGCUGGUAUCGUGCUCCAGAGUUGCUACUAAAUUGUUCAGAAUAUACAUCGGCCAUUGAUAUUUGGUCAGUAGGCUGCAUACUUGGUGAAAUAUUGACAAGACAACCCCUUUUUCCAGGCAGAGAUUAUGUACACCAGUUGAGACUUAUCACUGAGCUUAUAGGCUCACCUGAUGAUGCCAGUCUUGGGUUUCUCCGGAGUAAUAAUGCCCGGAGAUACGUUAGACAGCUUCCAAGGUACCCAAAGCAACAAAUUUCUGCCAAAUUCCCGAAUUCAUCUCCUCGAGCUGUAGAUUUGCUUGAAAAGAUGCUCAUCUUUGAUCCAAGCAGGCGUAUUACUGUUGAUGAAGCUCUGAGUCAUCCGUACUUGGCACCUCUUCAUGAUAUCAAUGAGGAGCCUGUUUGUCCAAGGCCUUUCAGUUUGGAUUUUGAGCAGCCAUCUCUGACUGAAGAUAAUAUCAAGGAGCUCAUCUGGAGGGAAGCUGCAAAAUUUAAUCCUGAUCCAACUCAUUGAAAGAAAUGUGGUUAUAUGAUGUAAAACAAUAAGCGUUUGGUUUGGUUAGCUUUCUCUAAUAUAGUGUAUUAGACUAGUAAUGUUCCCCCCUGAAGAUGACUGAAUAAAUAUGGUGGAGCUCUUGAGUUCAAGAAAUUGUUAGUGGCUUAAAGUCAGAUACUUAUUCCCUUGUUAUGUUUGGUUUAUUGGUAUUGUAUAAAGAAGCCAAAGAGUAGCCUGCGAUCAGAUGGUUCUAUA